UGCGCAUGCGCGUUGAAACUACUCACUCAGCUGCUUCCUACAAAUAAUGCGGAAAUUACAGCAGUGAUAGUUAGUGAACACGGUGUAUGUGAAGUUUUUGCUCACUGUGGACUAUAAUAUUUAGAAGCUCAAGGUGGUUGCAGUGUUUGUUUGAACGAAAAUUAUCUUUAAAUUCAUAGUGAUUGCGCUGGCACCUCAGAAGUAUAGCUAUGUGACCCAAAUACAAUGGACAAGGUUACGUCCCUUGUAUGAUAAACAUGGCAGAUCUUGAGAAAGUCUCAUAGAUCAAGUAUGACAUUGAGGAUACUUGUUUGCCUUUUCCUUUCACUUUGACGAUAUGUUCGCUUCUGGAGACAGUCCAUCACAAGAACAUUUUUCAAAAUGGAAAGGGAUUUUCACAAAUGCAUUGAUAGGGGUCCAGAAGCAGGUGCACUCAGGCUUGUCUACCCAACAGGAUGCCCUGGAGUACAUAGAGAUCCUGAUGAUUCGGCUUCUUGUUGUUCUUUGUUCGACUCAACCUCAUACGAAGGAAGAUGUAGAUGAAAGGAUUAGCAAAACUUUCCCUGAUCCCAUUGAUAAAUGGGCUAUCAGGGAUGCUCAAAAUGCAGUCAAGGAUGGCAAAAAGAACUGCAAAAUUCUCCUCCCUGUAGAUAGAAUCCAGCCCCUUCUCAAGGAGGAGCUUGGUGGCUACAGGGUAGACAUUUCCCUGGCUCUGUACAUAGUCGCAGUGUUGGAAUAUAUUGCUGCAGACAUUCUGAAGAUAUCAGGAAUUUAUGUAAAAAACAUUAGACAUACAGAAAUUACUUCACAAGACAUCAAAGUAGCAAUAUGUGCAGAUCAGGUCUUGUACGAUAUGUUCUUCCAAGAGGAAGAACCAUUUUUUAUGGUACAAGACGAACCGGUGAAGAGGGAAAACAAAACAUAUGAAGAGAUUGUCAAAGAUCUCAUCGUGGAGGAGACACAAUACCUGCGAGAUCUCAACAUGAUCAUUCGUGUCUUCCGUGCUCCAUUUGCAGAGUUUUUUCCUCCUACAAAGGACCUUGAAGUGAUAUUCAGCAAUGUGCUGGACAUUUAUGAUUUUACCGCAAAGCUCUUGAGCUCUGUGGAAGAUCAGGUGGAGAUGGCCCAGGAGGGGGAGACGCCUUUGGUAGGAACGUGUUUCACAGACUUGACUGAGGGUGAAGAGUUUAGUGUGUAUGAACGCUAUGUUCGGGACAUGAUGGCCCCAAAUGGCAAGCGAAGGCUUGAGGUUCUACUCACAAGGCCAGAUUUUAUCAGUAACCUCAAGGGCUUGGGAAAUGGGUUCUACGAAGCCUUCAAGUACGUCUUGCCUAAACUCCUUAUGGGCCCCGUGUACCAUUGUCUUCAGUAUUUUGAAGUUGUAAAGGCCUUGAUCCAGGCAAGCCCGAGUGAGGAGGAUAAAGAGUGUCUCACCCAAGCUGAUGGCCUCCUGCAGGCUCUGAAGGCCAGGUUGGAGCGCAAGCUGGGGAACAUUCCCAAGAGGAAAAACUGGGAGGUUUCUUUGCGAAUGCACACCCACUCAAGGUCGGCCACUGUCCAAAAGAUGAAUGAGAUCCAGAAAAGUAUUGAUAGCUGGGAUGGCAAGGACAUUUAUCAGAUGUGCAGUGACUUUAUUAUGGAGGGUCCAUUGAUCAAGGUGACAGGUCGACGCACCCUCCCAGAACGCUAUGUCUUUCUUUUUGAUGCCCUGAUUGUGCUGUGUAAGCCCAAUGCUCGGCGGGCCUCCAGUGCAGGGCCUGUAUCAGAGUACAAGCUAAAGGAAAAGUUCCUCAUUCGCAAAGUAGAGGUGGUGGAUCGAGAAGAUACAGAAGACCUCAAAAAUGCAUUUGAAAUCCAUCCCAGAGAGCAUACACACGUUGUCCAUGUCUUACAAGCAAAGACAGCAGAUGAAAAGACAAACUGGAUGGCUGCUUUAGUGUCACUGCAGACAAGGAGCAUGUUGGAGCGAACGCUAGAUGGAAAGCUUCGGGAAGAAGAGAAGAACCAUCCUCUUGUUCCACCCCCAGCUGAUCUGUAUGAGUUCGCGGAGGAAGACUCGGACAAUAAUAUUAUUUUUGAAGAGAGUCAAGAAUCAUCUUAUGAAAGUCCCUUGAUCAAGGGUGGAAAGCUGUUCAAGCUUGUGGAGAGGCUCACCUACCACAUGUACGCUGACCCUCGCUUUCUGCGUACAUUUCUGCUCACUUACCGGUCAUUUUGCAGUCCUCAGGAGCUCAUAGACCUUUUGAUCAAACGCUUUGACAUCCCAGAGCCUAAACUGGUUAUGCCAGCAGCUGAUGAUGAUAACGCUGCACUGAAGUAUCGAGAGGAUCUUAAAAGGUUCCGGAAUGAGUAUGUGAAACCAGUCCAGUUCAGGGUGGUCAACGUGUUUCGGCACUGGGUGGACAACCACUUUUAUGACUUUGAGAGAGACCCAGAGCUCUUGGAAAAACUGAAUGAGUUCUUGAGGUCCAUCAAGGGCAAAGCCAUGAGGAAAAUGGCCGACUUCAUUUCCAAGAGUAUACAGAGGAGGAUGGAAAGUUGUAACACUGAACGAGAGUUUACAUAUCAAGAAACACCUCCAAAGAUUGAGUGGCACCUUACUCGAAAGCCAGAAGAGUUUGACUUGAUGAUGCUUCACCCCAUUGAAAUUGCCCGUCAAGUGACCCUGAUAGAGUUUGACUUGUAUCGGUCAGUCAAGUUGUCUGAGCUAGUGGGAAUGCCAUGGACGAAAAAAGACAAACACAAGACUGCACCAAAUUUGCUCAAACUGAUCCACUUCUCAACUAAAUUUACCUAUUGGCUGGAGUUGUACAUUGUUGAGACUCAGAACCUGGAGGAGCGUGUAGCAGUGAUGUCCCGGAUCAUCGAGAUAAUGCAGGUGUUCUAUGAGCUCAAUAACUUCAACGGUGUGCUGGAAAUCAUUGGGGCUUUGAACUCAGCCUCAGUUUUCCGGCUGGAGCAUACCAAGAAGGAUCUUCCCAGCAAGUGCCAAAAAUAUUUAGAGGAGGCCUCGGAGCUGAACAAUGACCAUUCAAAGAAAUACAUUGAGAAGCUCCGCUCCAUCAAUCCACCCUGUGUUCCAUUCCUAGGCAUGUACCUUACAAACAUUUUGAAGACUGAAGAGGGUAACCCGGACUUUGUGGCUAAUGCGCCUGAGGGUAUCAUCAACUUCAGCAAGAGGAGGAAAGUGGCUGAGAUCACUAGUGAGAUCCAACAAUAUCAAAAUCAGCCUUACUGCCUCAAACAAGACAUCUCCAUACGGGAUUAUAUUUCUGCUUUGGAUCCCUUGAAGGAGAGGGAUUUGUCUGAGAAGGAAUUAGAAGACCAUCUGUACAAGACUUCACUUGAGAUUGAGCCAAGAGAUGGCAAGCUCAACAGAUAUCCUAAAAGGUUUGACUACUCAUUGAAGUCUCCUGGCAUCAAACCAAGUGCAAACCGUCAUGGGGGCAGCAACAAAAGCAGCACCAUUCCCCCAUCCUUGCCAAAAAUGUCAGAGGAGGAAGACUCAUCGCCGUCUAUGUGUCACACACCAACCUCUCCGAACAAGCCACAUAGUCCGCUGGCCAUGGGAACUGGUCCAAACAACGUGUUUGUCAACUCACCAGAGCCCAGCUCUAGCCCCAGCCAGUCCAGUGUCAUGCAUUUCCCGCCCCUGUCUAGUACUCCGGAGGAGCCGGCAGAGAUGGGCCCGCCCCCUCUCCCACCACGGCACAGGGGAAGUUCAAGCGCCAUGCCAGAGCCACCGCCAGCCCCACCCCCUAGGCCAGACAGUGACAGACCCCCACCUGUGCCCCCACGGCGAGACUCCAUGCCAUUUCACAAUUCUCUAGCAUCACUGGGCGCUACGGCCCUGGCACGCUCCCAGAGCGUGUCUCACCCCCGCAACUCUCCGGCCGUCUCGGGGUUCAACACACUGCCACGCCAAAGCCUAGAGCGCCACAGCUCUGAGCGUAGCUUCCCCCUGGGCUCCAUGGACCUAUCCGCUGCCACCAGUAACAACUCCAGCGCUAGCAGUUUGAGUGAGGACCCAGGGGAGAGGCCAGAGUUGCCACCUCGCACGUACCUGGCGUACCUACACUUCGCCAAUCGGCCACCUCCGCCACGGGACAGCUAACCUCAGGCUUCAUUCUCCCCAAAGACUAAGCCAUUUACCCAAGGGUCUCUCCCCCCUUCUCCCCUCCCGUUCCCAUGCUCCUGGCCCUGUGACUGGGAUAUCCUGCCUGUGGCUUCUUCCCCUUUAGAAAUUCGGAGCUUGGAAAGGAUGGCUGCUUCAUUUUCCCACUCCCAGUGCUCCUCCUGGCAACAGACGUCCAAUGCUUGUGUUGUACCGGCAUCUCAAGUUCACUCACAUCUGCACAAUUAGCUGUUUCUCAACCACCUCAUUUCUGUGUUAACGUGGUAACCUGUCAUAUUAAGCAGACAUAUGCCAUUCACUGUACUUUGUCACUACAGAGCAUUGGACCAAAGGUCAGACUCGUGGAGGUAGCGGCUACUGUGGCGCCAGUGCUACUGUGACAACACUGGCGUCAGUGAGUGAUUGUCCACUGUUCUGGCAGAAAUAAUACGUUAACGGUAUGUGGCCCCGGUUUGUAUUUCAUGGAUGACUUCACCUAUUGGCUGCAUAUCUGAGCUCAUUUGUGCCAGGUGAGACGAGGCAAUACUUCAUACUUUUGUUCUUUCUGGAAAACACGCCAGGCUGAACACAUGUCCUUCAAUAUGUAAAAAAAAAAAAGUCAUGCUACAGUGUGCGGACUGAGCCUUGUUUUUUUUAUAUUGUUGUCAACAGCCAAAGGCUUGUCAUGCAGCUGAGGCUGAUAUUAUUUUGAAGUGCUUAGUGUCUUGAUUACAUUGCAUUGAGCGGGGGCUGCCUGAGGGCUGAGUCACCUGCUUCAUCCGUCUUUGCUUAUCCGCCAGAGACUAAAGGGUUGCUGCGCUGUGGUGAGAGAAACACGUUGCAGCUCUUUCGUCUGGAGUCAGUCCAUCGUUGUUUUUCCCUGUAAUUUACAUAGUGCUGUUGGUGUCUGCACAGGAGGUGAUUUUUUCAUGUAUUGGAUGUGCUUAAAUUUGUUAUAAAUAUACACUGAAACUUUUAAUGUAUGAUGGCUUGAACCUCGUCUAUGGCCAAUAUUUACGUAAAAGGCAGGCCUUGUUCAAGAAAGUGAAUAUGGAUGAAAAAUUUCCUGUUUUGGAGAGUGAAUUCGGUCAAAAGUGUGUGUAUGUGUGUAGGGAUUCAUACUUGAGGUGUGCAUGUUUGCAUGGAUGUGAGCGUUUGUUUUUGAGCUUUACUUUACUUUACUUUACUUUUCCGAUCCAGCGGCCAUUUGGGUUCUAGCCCUUCGGUCUGUCGAUAUGGCAAAGAAUUGACAGGUUGUUUUUGAGCUAAAAGUGUGGAGUGUAAUUGGACUGAAAAGGUACAGAGCAACUGGUACUGAGAUACGGCUCCGCGUGUGAACAAGCCUACUUUUGUUUUUGUUUUUCAAUCCAUUGACCUGUUGUCAAUGCUUUAUUUUUCUGGGAUUUUUUAAUUUCCAUAAAUGACACUUAAUUUUUUUUUCCUCUGAAAGAAUCUAUUGUGUCAAUAUAUUUGAUCUGAUCAUACCUUUUCUUUUUGAAAGUUACAAAUAGGAGAUUGCAAACACUGCCCUUUCUGUUGUAGUUUCCUUCUCUUAAUCCUAAUGAAUUCAUCAUUCAUAUAAUAUUACAUCUCAUUUUUUUAAAAUGAUGAGUAAUGUUUUUUUCCCAACUUUCUGUGACAUCUUUGAACAGGAGUAUUUUUUUUCCUGCAAAUAGCUAAUAUCUUUAUGAUUUAAUUUAGACAAUAUGUUUAUUUUCAAAAGAUUGCGCAAAAUCUUUGACACUGUUUACUUCUUCAGUAUUUCGUGCCGCAAGGUGCAAUGCGGUAGGUGGUAGGAAUAUUCUGGCAUCAUAUAGAAUUCAAAAUUCAUAUGUAAGAGAACAUCUAUAAUACUCUUUAGUUUCUCAAUAUAUAUUCUUUCUUACAGAUGAAAAAUUGUGAUGGCUAAACAUUUCCAUUUUUAGAAUCGUAUCAUUUGUUUUAGGUGACUUUGUUUUUAAGGGUUCUGUGAACACCAUCUUCCUUUCGCAUCUUGAAAAUGUGAUAAGGAAUUUUUUUUAAGUGUUAUUAAUUACCUUCUGGCAAAUCUCUUUCUAUCCUUCAUCAGACAGCCAGAUGUCUAAUUGAUUAGAAGUUUUAAUAUUGACUAGGAUUGUUUUUCUUCAUACUAAUCAUACCCUUUACUUUUAUAAUUGUUUUACUCUCAAGUCCUAGUUGUUUUACACUCAGAUCUUGACUGCUGGUAAGUAGUGUGUCUUGCAUUUAAAAAGGAUACCUUUUUCUUUUCCUUAUAAAUAUGGGUGCUUUCACUUGUCUGUCUCGCCUUUACUUCCUGGCCCCUUUCCUACCUCCCCUUCACGCACACACAUGUACACCACAUGUACACACACAUGCACACACAUACAUACAUGCACACAUACACACACACACCCCCCCCCCCCUAUUCCUUAUCCCAUCCAUCUACUCUUUCCAUCUUGAUCAGGGCAGAAAAAAAGUCUUUAGUCUUCAGUUGUACCAUUUUUUUUUUCUUUUCUUUCUGACCUUUGUUAACUUGUGCAAUGUCCAGUGGUUGGCGGUUGUCCCAGUGUACCAUACCUGGUCGUGGUUGACCUAUUUAUGAUAACCGUAUGGUGGAUGGCUGGCUGUGCUCAUCUACCCUGUGCACACAUCAUCAUAUCAAGGCAGGCCUGCCUCAGCUAGAUAGAACCUUGUUGCCCUCUGUCACUGUUUACAAUGCGUGUAUAAUGAAUUUUGCCAUAAACUUUCAACAAAGAUGAUUGAUCAUUCAUUGAAUUUUGAGGGGAAACUAAUAAUAAUAAUUGUCAGUGUCUUCCAUGCUUUCAUAGACUGCCCAGUCCUGUCUAUGUUGCAGUUUUUUUGUUGUGCUGUAUAGAGCCUGUGUGAUAAAGAAAGUUUGUUAAUGCCCAAGGGCUUCAGAGACUGGCAAUAUGAUGAUGCUAGCUGAAUUCGAUAAAUUCAUGCUUUUUUUCUGUAUUUGUUAUUAGUGUACAUUUUUGUAAAGUGUGUUCAUGUAUGAAGGUGGUGAUGAUUUAAGUUGGAACUUUGGGUAAUUCAAGCAAUGAAUCAAAAACGUUUCAUGUUUUGAACAUGCCCCCCAAAAACCCUCUCACAUUAGCUGCAGACUUCAUAGUCCUUGGAACUUGAGAUUAUUAAAAGUUGUUGACAUGUUUGUUCAUGCAUUGUGGCAAGUUAAAAGUACCGGUAUAGGCAUGUUAACCUAGUCAUUAAGUUUCAAAGCAACCGAAAGUUGGGCAGUUAAUACUAUUAUUAGUUGUUUUUUUAGUUGUAAAGAGUCGUGAGGAUGGGAUGGGUGAAGUGGGGAUAAAAUGUUGUUGAUUACAAAGUUCUUCGGCUAUACACUUUUUAAAAGCGUUUUAUAGUAAUUUUUCAGUGAGUAUGAAAAAUAUACACGUUUUAUUCAAUUUCAGCCUACCUUUCUUUAUCUUCAAGUGUUCCAGCAGGAGAACUUUUUUUUCAUGGUUCUGUAAGUUAAGCAGCAAUAGAUAUAAUGGAAAAAAAGCUCAGUUACAUAUUUGUUGAUUUUGGGUUGUUGUUUUUUUCUUCUUCUUAUCCAUUUGUCGAUAACUGAUAACAACCACUUUCGUUCUUUGGAAUGUUUUGCCAUGGGAAGCAGUCUGUAGCCAGAUUGGCCACUUUAGAACUUGAUGUUUUUUUUGUGUUGCUUGAUAGUUGCCCAUGGUGUGGCCUGAUACAGUGCUCAUUUCCACGUGCAAUACUGAAUGAUUGCCUCGGCCCUGAGCGCUCACACUGUCAACUCUCCUCAGUACUUAGGAUGAACAUCGACAUCCCUGCACAAUCACAGACAUACACAUAUUAAUACACAGUGUUUGCAUUUCAUCUCUGUAUUCCUCACAAAGUUUGUUCAUGCUAUGUUGGACUGCACACAUAUGGAACUGUCAUGGAACCAUUCCCAUCUGUCUUAAUCCAUGCAUCCCAAGACACCCCCCCUCCCCCUCAGAAUUUUCAGCAAUGCCAAAAGUAUUACACCUAAGUAGUAUGGAGAAUGCUGCUCCCGUCCCCCCUCCUCCCUGCCAGAUUAUGCAGUCUUUGCAGUCCCCAGUUCCUUCACCCUCCCACAUGAACAUUUUUCUCUUGUGUUUUGCUUCAGUUCUCUCAAUUGUGUGUUUUCUUACUCACAGCCUCACGCUUUUUAUUUCCAAGAUCAGAAAGUUGUUUUUAUAAGGUUUUAUAAAAUGAGUUCUGAUGCUGCUGGCUCCCACGACUCUGUCUUCAAGAGUAUUAUUUGUGAUAAUAUUAUUCUUUCGGACAUGAUUUUGGACUUGACAAUAAAAGUGAAAGGGGGAACAAAUGUGUGUAUCCUUUGUUUAUUAGGGAAUGAAAAAUUGAAAGAUUUGGAGUCAACCUAUUCUUUUGAUUUCCAGAUCUAAAUCAUUUUUGGGGACAGAGGGAGGGCUUGGGGUUCCUGUCAUCUUUUCAUAGUGAGCUACAGAUCAUAGAACAUAAAAAUAGUUCUGUCCAUUAUUAAGACUGUACUGUAAGAAACUUGCAAUUGAGAUUUGUCGAUCUCUGCAGCGAGCAGUGACACUAGAUAAUAAUUGAGCAAUCUUAAAGGUGAGUGAAGUCUGGAAAGCUUAGAGCUGCAUCAUCGUCUUUAUGUCAAGUAAAGAGUUACAAAAAUUCCAGAAUUUUAAGCACCGUUUUCUGCUUUGUGCUAGGUCUGUUUUAUGCCGUAAUUAAAAUAACAAAAGUUAUUUUUUCCUUUCGUGGACGGCAAUGGAUAUUGAGCUAUGGCAAACUGAAACCAACAUUUUUCAUAAAAUAGACUUGCUUUUUUUGCCUCGCGACCUAAAAUAUCUAACAAUGUGGAGUCUAGUGUACUUUUGUAAGAAACAUGCAAUUUAUUCUCCGCUGAGAUUUCUGUAAUUUAAAAAUAAUUUUUUCUAGGGUUCCAGAUCGCUUAUAAUACAUUUACUGUGACUUUGGCUUUGUGAGACUUUUGAACAUGCAACAGUUGCUAAUUUAGAUUUCAAAAGGGAUUGGGAGGUUGUUGAGAACAAACUUUCUUUAAGCUUUUGCUCUAUUUCUGGGCUACAACAUCUCGUCUCAUAUUUUUAUAAAGUACUCUUUUCUAUCAACUCCUUGGGUCAUACCUUUUUAAGCUGAUUUUGUUUUAUCUGUACUUGUUCCCUGUUGUCAGAGACGAGCAGAGGAAUAAAUUGAACCAGUCUUCUUUUCAGUAAUUUCAGUGGCAGCGACAGAUUUCCCCGAAAAUUCCUGGCAGAGGUAUCGUCAAGACUGAUAUGAAAUACUGUUUAUGAAUGGGCCUCACAUUAAUUUCAUUGUCCUUUUGAAUUGUUUCCUUGGUUCUCAUUAUAUCAUGUCAUGUCCUCAUGAUUUUUGUCCUUUGAAGAUCAUGUAUGUGUUAGAACUUGUUUUGUUUUGUUUUAUUUUUUUUUAAACAUUUCCCCAAAUACAGUUAGUGAAGAAAUGUUGCAA